CCUGCUUUGCGUCACUUCAUCCAGCUGUUUUGGGUACGCCAUUCGAAGUGUAGUAGUAUAUGUCGUAAUAAUACGUGUAGCCGUCGAUUUUAAUCGGUUUAAAUCAUUGGCAUCGUAAUUGCAAAGUGAUUUAUCCGAGAUGAGUGCUGGUAUGCCGGAGCUUGGCUCCAAAAUAAGUCUAAUAUCGAAAGCCGAUAUCCGGUAUGAAGGACGAUUAUUUACAGUUGACCCAAAGGAAUGUACUAUUGCCCUAGCUUCCGUUCGUUCAUUUGGCACAGAAGAUCGAGAUACUCCUUAUCCUGUCCCGGCCCAAAAUCAGGUCUAUGACUACAUAUUAUUUCGCGGAUCCGACAUCAAAGAUAUUCGGGUAGUGAACAAUGUUGCUCAACCACUCAAUGACCCCGCAAUCAUGCAAUUGUCUGUCCCACCUUCGUUGGGUCAGCAGCAGUUUCAAAACCAUCCGAUGUUGGGGCAUAUGGGGCCACAAAUGGGACAGUUUGCUUCCGGAUAUGGAGCUAUGGGUCCAAUGGCAGGUCUGUCGAGUGGCUUAGUGCCGGGUAUGGGUAUGUCAAGGGAUCACAGAGGUCUCGCUGGUAAUAAACCAAAUGAGUUACUUAUGCCGGGAACAGAACCACAACCAGUCCUAUCUCCUGCAGUUGAACCCCCUCGGCCAAGCGAACACGACAUAAUUGGAGGCGCUUCAAGGAGUACAACCCCAGCUAGUUUAGGAUCACGCAAGUCUCCCACAAAUGAUCAAGGCGUUCAAACUGGAGGAGCUAAUAAACAGCAGGAAAAGAAAACUCCGAAGCCAAUUCAGCCUCCGAGCCAACGCAAUCAACAAAGAAAAAGCACUUCCCAAGAGAGAAGGAAUUCGAGGGGCGAUGGCCAGCAAGAUCAUCAAAGAAAUCAAAACAGACAAGCCGUUCCACGUAAUAUGAAUCAAGGGGGUCAAGGAUCCCACACGAACAAUCACCAAGGUAAUCAGCAGAGGGGCGGUUGGUCAAAUCGCGGCCCUGCUAGGCAGCGAGGAAGGCCUAGAGGGGGCUUCAAGCCUAAUCAAGGACAGCCCACACAAGGAAAUAAGACAAAGAAUACGUUGAAAUUUGAAAAUGAUUAUGAUUUUGAACAAGCGAAUACGGAGUUUGAGGAGUUGAGAAGCCAGUUGGCCAAGGUAAAGGUUGAGGACACGAGUAAGACUGAAGUGAAUGGUGAUAUAGACAAGAAAGAUGAUUCAGGCAACGAAACGGGAGCUGGUGAAAAUGAACCUGAAGAAGAACAUGAGGUGUUCUAUGACAAGAGUAAAUCCUUUUUUGAUAAAAUUUCGUGUGAGGCUGUAGAGCGUGCCAAGGGAAAGUCGCAGAGGACUGAUUGGCGCACAGAACGUAAACUGAACUCUGAGACAUUUGGAGUUGCCGCAACUAGAAGGGGAAAUUUCAGAGGACGCGGUGGCUUUAGAGGGAUGGGUUAUCGUGGUGGUUACCGUGGUGGAUACCGGCCUCAACAACGUAGAGAUCAAGGCGGGAACCGCUCUGCACAACAUCAACCAAAUGACCAACAGCGAUCGGGGAAUAGUCAAUCUGCAGCACCCGUGCCUGCUGUAACAGGAAAGUAAACUACUAACUGAUCUGACUAGAUAGAAAAAACAAACAGUGGCUGACACAGGAACAUGAAGACAUGACUGCUUUGAUUUAUUUAUGGGGAGGAUGUGAAUUUAGUUAGAUGUGGACUGUGAUUCAAAGUACUUGAUUUAUUUGUAAAUUAGUUUUGGAAUCAAAACGUGAAUUAGUCAUUGUUUCUGUAUGUGGAAUCGUUAUGAAAAGCAAUGCUUUCUUGAGUUUCCUGGUGUCAGUAUUAUAGUAGGUUAGAUAAGGUGUACCUUAAGUGAUAAAUAUUUUAUUUUAUAUAUAAAAAGGCAGAUUAAAAAUUUUAGUAAUGUAUAUUUUUACUGCCAGUAGAAAUUAAUAAUUUUUUUUAUACUUCUUGUAGCUUUAUAUGGUUAGAACAAUGUUUAUUUCUUUAAAUUAUACACUAAUUUUAGUUUUUAAAUAAUGGGUCAAAUAAAAAAUUCUAAUCGAUUGUUCUAACUGGUUGUAAUAAUAUAAUUUGCCAAAUGGUUGUUGUAAUUUAUUACUGAUUAUUACUGUUGUCAUAGACUUUGUAAUAUUAAGAAAUUUUGAAAUAAACAACUCUUCAAAACUACAA